AUGAGUGAUUCAUUUUUCAGAGAUAUUCCAGAGUUCCUCGAAACUCGCGUAAAUGAGUCACUAGAGGCUCGCUCCAAGUCUCUUUCCCAAUUUAAGGAGUUGGGGCCGGCGGAUCACGUUCAUACGACAAAAGUUGGCACUCGAAAUCCGUCAAAAGAAGUUGGAACGUAUCAUUUUGUUUCGGGAAUCGAUGCCUCUUCCUCUGCUUCUUUGGCUGCUUAUCUGAAUACACUCUCGUAUUCCUUAGACAAAAGCCAGCAAUGGUUUUCUAAAUCGCAGACUUGGUCUAUAAAUCACAGUGUAUAUUGCUGCUAUAAUGCAUUCUCACGGUUGGACGUUCGUGUUGAGGCAAAAGUUCCUGGCGGCGUAGACACGUAUGCGAUCGAUGAAAAUGGGCAAAAGCACAAAAUGGAUGUGCGCAUGUGGGUCGAAACCUAUAUGUCUUCCGUACUUCGAUCUUUACUUUAUUCGGAUGAGCUCUACUCUCGCUUCACUGGUCAUCGCAAAUUUAACCCUAUACCCAAUCCGGACAGUGAACUUCGUUUUUUUGAAGCUUUUGAAGAACUUUUCCCCAUGGGUCAUAUACUAGGCUCUUCGCCCGAAAUCCGCAUACCAACAAACGUCAACAAUCAUUUGGUUCGAGGUUUCUUUGUAUACGUUUGUCAAAACUGCCGUUUUAGUGCUGCCCUAAAUUCUUUGGAAAAAUUGCAUAUUAAUUCUCCAGAAGUAUCCGUUCUUUUGGCGCAAUUGUACCUUUUCAUGGAUCAUGAAGUGCAUGCUGUUCGUGUACUGCAUGAAGCAUUGCAAAAACAAAGAAUGUCUGCUGACUUGCUCGUCGUUCAAGCAAGAUAUUUGGUUUCCAAGGAGCGUUUCGACCUUGCGUUGACAAGUGUUAAGCGUGCCGUCCAUGCUUCCCCAUCUGAAUUUGUACCUUGGAUUUGUUUGGCAGAAGUCUAUCUUCAUUUAGAAGACUUUGAUUCUGCGUUGUUGGCCUUAAAUUCUUGCCCAAUGUACACCUAUUAUGAACGAGAUGUGUACCCUAUCCCUCCUCCUACAAAAGCUCACCUUCCAUUGCCAGUCGGCUUCCCUAAAGAAGAACUUGAAGGGGAAAAUGGGAAUGGACGAGCCGCCUCCGUGGACUUGAUAGAUCCUUACCUUGCCCGCCUCCCUUCUCCGAGCCUUCGUGGUACCUUUGCAAAAGUUUACGAGUUAUUAACACUCAUCUGCUCAAAAAUUGGCUGGGAUGAGCUAUUACGAAUCCGUUCCUCUGUCUUCGUUAUGGAAGAAGAAUACCGCUCACUGAAUGAUAAUAGCAAACCUAAUCCAGAAACGAAAGAGGAUGUCAUUACAGGUGAGCCCUCAGUUAAUAAGCAAGAUGGUAACGAAUCUCACUUGGAUAAGCCAGAGGCCAUAAUGAGCAGUUCUGCCCAGAACCUGAACGUUCAUAAUAAGCGCUUAUGCGAACGAUGGUUGGAUAACCUUUUUAUGGUUUUAUAUGAAGAUCUACGUGUGUUUACCAUCUGGCGUGCUGAGUACACGCAUUUUAGGUCACAGGGAUUGGUUUACCGUAAGUCUCCUAUGGAAUGGGAAAUUUUGGGUGAAGUAGCUUUCCGUUUACACCAUCGUGUUGAAGCUGUCGAAGCUUUUUGUGCUUGUCUUGAGAAUAUGUUUUCGUUCAAAGCAUGGAAGACCAUGCUAAUAAUUUGUGCUGAGGAUAACAAUAUAGAAUUGGUACUGACAGCUAUUGCUAAACUGACUCUUUCUAAUUAUCGCUGGUACCAAGAGUACUCUCCAUUCUUGUUAGAGCAUAUUAAAAAUAGAAUCAUGCAAGACGGUGCGUUGAAAAUGAAGAGUAUAUUGGCUUCUACUAGAUUGGAUCCCUACAUCCUAAAUCUGAUCCACAAGCUUUAUUUCGAAUGGGCAAUUGUUUUUCAGAUUCCUGGACAUGAAUUAUAA